CACUGCCUUGGCAGCUCCUUCUUCCCCAUCCUUUUCCUCCCUUUCUUUAUCAGGCUGUCUUCUGAUUGGAACUCUGAUUGUAGGGAGGCCCCUUCUUUUCGUUCUUUAGUAGCUCCUUUCUCUUAUCCUUUUGUGUCAGUAACAGGGAAGACAAGGGAGAGGGAAGGAGGACGAUGGCAGACAAUGGAGAUUUCAGCUUCGCCAAUGGUGGAGCGCCGCAGUCGCCAGUCGGGCGCAACGGCCUGGCGAGGAUCCAGACGAACAAGAGAGAGAACGGCAUCUGCCACGACGAUAGCACCCCUCCCGUGAAGGCGCAGACCCUCCACGAACUCCACUCGCUCCAGAAGAAGAGGUCGGCCCCGACCACGCCGAUCAAGGGUGCGCAGAGCGCCUUGGCUCCUUCGGUCGUCUCCGACGAAGAACGCCAAAAGCAACAGCUCCAGUCCAUCAGCGCCUCUCUAGCAUCAUUGACAAGGGAAACGGGCCCAAAGGUGGUGAAGGGGGACCCCGCCAAGAGCGUGCCAGCACCAAAAGUCGAGCACCACCAUCUCACAACCCCUACCAUCUGCGUCAGCGACAGCUCCCUCAAGUUCACCCAUGUCCUCUACAAUCUCUCCCCCGCCGAACUGUACGAGCAAGCCAUCAAGCACGAAAGGGGCUCUUUCAUCACGUCGACAGGUGCCCUGGCGACGCUGUCCGGCGCGAAGACGGGCCGUUCUCCCAGAGACAAGCGCGUCGUCAUGGAUGAGACCACGACAGAAGAGUUGUGGUGGGGAAAGGGCUCCCCAAAUAUUGAGAUCGACGAUCACACCUUUAUGGUCAACAGAGAGAGAGCCGUCGACUAUCUGAAUUCGCUUGAUAAGGUCUUCGUGAAUGAUCAAUUUCUCAACUGGGACCCUGAGCACAGGCUUAAAGUAAGGAUCGUGUCAGCAAGAGCUUACCAUGCCCUAUUCAUGCAUAACAUGUGCAUACGGCCCACCCUUGAAGAAUUGGAGGAAUUUGGUACCCCGGAUUUCACAAUUUACAAUGCCGGGCAGUUCCCCUGUAAUCGAUACACUCAUUAUAUGACAUCAUCGACUAGCGUAGACAUUAAUCUUGCUAGAAGAGAAAUGGUGAUCCUUGGUACCCAGUAUGCCGGUGAGAUGAAGAAGGGUUUGUUCAGCGUGAUGCACUACCUUAUGCCCAAGAAACAAAUCCUUUCUCUGCAUUCCGGCUGCAAUAUGGGAAAAGAUGGCGAUGUUGCCCUCUUCUUUGGAUUAUCAGGAACAGGUAAGACCACCCUUUCCACCGACCAUAACCGCUACCUGAUUGGAGAUGAUGAGCAUUGCUGGAGUGACAAUGGUGUCUCAAACAUCGAAGGUGGCUGCUAUGCCAAAUGUAUUGAUCUGUCUCGGGAAAAGGAGCCUGACAUCUGGAAUGCCAUUAAAUUUGGAACUGUGCUGGAAAAUAUAGUUUUUGACGAGCACACCAGGGAGGUUGAUUAUGCAGACAAAUCAGUCACAGAGAACACAAGAGCUGCUUAUCCUAUUGAGUACAUCCCAAAUGCAAAGAUUCCCUGUGUUGGCCCUCAUCCCAAGAAUGUGAUAUUGUUGGCUUGUGAUGCAUUUGGUGUGCUCCCGCCAGUUAGCAAACUCACUUUGCCUCAGACCAUGUACCAUUUCAUCAGCGGCUACACUGCCCUGGUGGCGGGUACAGAAGAAGGAGUGAAAGAACCUCAGGCUACAUUUUCUGCCUGCUUUGGAGCUGCUUUUAUAAUGCUUCAUCCCACUAAGUAUGCAGCCAUGCUAGCUGAUAAGAUGCAGAAACAUGGUGCAACUGGCUGGCUUGUCAACACAGGGUGGUCUGGUGGCAGGUAUGGUGUUGGCAGCCGAAUAAAACUAGCAUACACUCGGAAAAUUAUCAAUGCUAUUCAUUCAGGCAGUCUUUUGGAUGCUAAGUACUCCAAGACUGAAGUAUUUGGGCUUGAGAUACCUGACCAAGUCGAAGGCGUGCCUGCAGACAUUCUGAAUCCCAUUAACACUUGGGCGGACAAGGAUGCAUAUAGGGAGACCCUCUUGAAGUUGGCGGGUUUGUUCCAGAAGAACUUUGAGGUCUUCUUGAACUAUAAGAUUGGGAAAGACAACAGCUUGACUGAAGAUAUUUUGGCAGCAGGACCCAUCUUUUGAUUGACUGAUACAACCUGAUAAAGUAUGGUGGCCGAAAGAGCAGGGUGAUGAGACAAGUUAAUGAAUAAAUGGGAUCAUCUUAACGUUAAGUGGGGAAUAGACGGUCUUUGCUUCUUCGUCCGUCAUAUAUGUGGAAGUGAUCUGAUUUGUGGUUCUGUUCAUGUUUCAUGUAUGUGUUGUUUGCUAAUAUCAAGCUAUGCAUGUCUUUCUUCUGUAA